UGAUGAUUGGUCAUCCACGAAUCCAUGUUUGAAACGUGACUUUCUUCGCCGGCCGGUGGUGUCGUCUUCGUCUCAGUGGGUUGUUUACUGUAUUAAAUACUAAUAAUAUAGGAUGCCAGUUCACCCGCGGGACAGAAAAGAGAAUAACCACGAAGAAAUGGACGUGGACUAUCCCGAACAAGAGGCCAGCAGCUCCGACGAAGAGGACUCCGUGAGCUCGAGCGCCUCUGAGGAUGGAGACACUUCAGACAUGGAUGAUGAAGACUGUGAGAGAAGGCGAAUGGAGUGUUUAGAUGAGAUGACAAAUCUCGAGAAGCAGUUCACAGACCUGAAGGAUCAGCUGUAUAAGGAGAGACUGAGCCAGGUGAAUCUUAAAUUGCAAGAGGUGAUAGCUGGCAGUGCUGCGGAGUACCUCGAACCCCUGGCCACCCUGCAGGAGAACAUGCAGAUCCGAACCAAAGUCGCAGGGAUCUAUCGUGAGCUCUGCUUGGAAUCUGUCAGAAACAAAUAUGACUGUGAGAUGCAAGCAGCCAGCCAACAUUGGGAGAGUGAGAAGCUCCUGCUUUUUGACACGGUUCAGAGUGAACUGGAAGAGAAGAUCAGACGACUGGAAGAGGACAGACACAGUAUAGAUAUAACUUCAGAACUGUGGAAUGACGGUCUGCAGUCUAGGAAGAAUAAAAAGAAGGAUCCCCUCAGUCCUGGAAAGAAGAAGAAACCUGUCGUUGUGUCAGGACCAUACAUUGUUUACAUGUUGCAAGACCUGGAUAUACUCGAAGACUGGACUGCCAUAAGAAAGGCUAUGGCUUCAAUGGGUCCUCAUAGAGUAAAAGUAGAUGCUCCGUUGAAACCAGAAAGGCACCAUCAUGUUGCCCGAUCAGAAGAUGGACGGCUGUUCUAUGACAACAAAUGGUACAGCCGGGGGCAGGCCAUAUGCAUCAACAGGAAGGACGAGUACCCCACCAGUGCCACAAUAACUACUAUUAACCAUGAUGAGGUUUGGUACAAACGUCUGGAUGGCAGCAAAUCAAAGCUUUACAUCUCUCAGCUCCAGAAAGGCAAAUACACUAUAAAACACUCAUAAAGGUCCUCUUCAUCUUCCUCCAGUCUCCAUUUCCAGUGUCAAACCAAACCUUCACUGGUUCCGUGCCGUUCUCCGUUUGUCGCCAUGUCGACUCGUUCAUGCUGGAUGGACUCGGGUCUUACAUGCAUGUACCACAUGUUUGCACAUCCUAAGUUCAAGCUGCUAUACAAACACCUGGUUGCCAAGGAAACCGUGAAAGUGUGUGUGUGUGUGUGUGUGUGUGUGUGUGUGUGUGUGUGUGUGUGUGUGUGUGUGUGUGUGUGUGUGUGUGUGUGU